AUGCCUUGGUGGGGACGAACACCAGAUCCGUCCGAGUCGAAGACUGCGACAGACGCUCAAAAGACAGCCAAUUCAACUGAUGGCGCCUCAUUCAACCCCGAUAAGCUCCCCGACGCUCGAAAGCUUCCCAGGUCGCUCCAAAAGAUCGUGGAUGAGUCAGACAAGGACAGCAGCUACUUCGACGAUGUAGCCGAGGGAUAUGGCCGAGACUCAACAGAGUCUAACGUACGAUAUGCCGCCUACGCAACGAGGAUCCGGACUAUAAUGCUCUCGGCGCAUCGAUACGUUGCAUACACAUCCGACAUUGGGGAAUCCUUCCGCCCAGUUGCCCAUAAAAAUCUUGUACGGGGUGCCUAUGGUAUUUCAUGGAUCUAUAUCUUGGGUGAUGUGUCCCAUGAGGGGUAUAGGGCGUACUGGAGCAACCAGCGCACACUCAACCCCGCAUUACAACUCACUGCCGACCAGCAGAAGUGGUCCGGAUUAGAAGCUGCUGUCGCUAGCCCUGGACCGGCAGGCACCGUUUCGCCUCUGGAGGAUUGGCGCACGGUCAUGGUCCAACGAGGCAUCUUCCAAAGUGUUGCUAGUAUGGGUCUGCCGGCUUUCACAAUCCACAGCGUUGUCCGCUACUCGGGGCGAGCCAUGAAGGAUUUGAAGAACAAGACGUUGAGAACCUGGGGGCCAAUCGGACUUGGCCUUGCAGUUGUACCAUUCUUGCCUAGGAUGUUCGACGAGCCUGUGGAGAACGCGGUUGAAUGGAUAUUUCACAAAGGGUUUGAGGCCUACGGAGGAAAGGCGGCUGUUGGAGAUGCGCCAACGAUGGGAAGAGAGGAUCUGUUAGGCAAAAAGCCAACUGAUCGGGAUCUGUGA